GAAAUCAGACGGUGGUUUUGUGUUCACUGCUCGCCCUUCGGUGAGGCCACCGCUUCUUCCACCUUGAAGUUUGUUGCAGGAGUUUGGCGCAAGCGCGAGGACAAGGACUGAACGGCUUGGCUAGCUCGGAGGGUGCAGAUCAACGAAGGAAUCCGAUAGCUACCUCCAUUAUUCUUCGCUAAAAUGGGCCACAACAAGCCGAAGCGCUCUAGAAAUUACCAAUCACAUCGAGGACAAUCCAGUCGCAGCCGCGAAAUUCCGAGGGACGACGAGGAGUCUCUUCCGGUUGAGCCAGAAGCGGAGGAGGGGCAAGCGGUUCCCAAAAUUCAGCUUGCAAUGUGGGAUUUUGGGCAAUGUGAUGCAAAAAAGUGCACCGGACGCAAGCUUUCAAGAUUUGGUUUGUUGAAAGAGUUGCGCAUCAAUAAUGGUUUUGGAGGGAUUGUGUUGAGUCCUGCUGGAAAACAAUGCAUCUCAAAGGAAGAUUAUAUUCUAGUGAAGAGAAAAGGUUUAGCUGUUGUGGAUUGCUCAUGGGCGCGCUUAGAUGAUGUACCUUUCAUGAAGCUGCGUUGUGCUGCUCCACGUCUUUUGCCAUGGUUAGUUGCGGCAAAUCCAGUAAAUUAUGGUCGACCAUGUGAGCUGUCUUGUGUUGAGGCUUUAUCUGCAGCAUUAUUGAUAUGUGGGGAGGAGGAUACAGCAAAUUUAUUACUUAACAAGUUCAAGUGGGGUCAUGCUUUCUUGUCCCUUAACAGGGAACUUCUGAAGGCAUACUCAAAAUGUGAAAACAGUGCUGAUAUUAUUUCAGUUCAGAAUGACUGGCUCUCACAACAAGGUCGAUUCACUAGAAACCUUCCUUCAGUUGCUGAAGGUCCUAAUGCAGCAUCUCAAAGUGAAGAUCAGGACUCUUGCUAUGAUUCUGAAGAUGGACUUCCACCGCUUGAAAAGAAUUUGAAUCAUCUGAACUUGGAGGAAAGUGAAGAAGAAAGUGACUGAGAAGGAACUGUAUUAGUCUUGUGGUAAGAAACAUCAGAAUUGCAUUAAUUUUGGUUCAUUUUCCUCAUGGAUGUAAAGGUAUCACAGCCUAUUAUACCUGGAAAAAUGUUUUUCUGAGCGUGCUAAACUCUCCACUUUGCAAUAGUCAAGAGAAUGUCAUAAUUUAUUCAGCUUAUUAUACU